CACCGGAACUACAAUAGUAUUUACAUGCUUUCCAACAUGGCGACUGAUGGCACGUAGGAUUUAGUUUUUUUAGCAAAACAUCACGGAUUAUUGUACCAUUUGGACCGACUGCAAGCUAUUUGGUUCAUAGAAAACCAUCACCGUGUGAUCAUUAGUAUCCUGCUUUGCAAGCUAAUUUCUUUUCACGAUUAAAUGGGAGAUGUAUCGUCGCGGAGCGGCAAAGAAAGACCACAACAACAAACCGGUGAAGAAGGAUGUGAGUGACAGUGACAAAUACGCGGACCUCUUGGUGUUUGGAUACGCCUGCAAACUGUUCCGAGACGACGAAAGGGCUCUUUAUCACGAACAUGGAAAACAUCUUAUCCCAUGGAUGGGGGACAAGAGCUUCAUGAUUGAUAGAUACGAUGGGCGUGGUCACUUACAUGACCUUUCAGAGUAUGACAGCGGGUCAUGGAACACAUCCUACCAGCUGUCGGAGGAAGAAGCCAGGAUUGAGGCACUGUGUGAUGAGGAGAGGUACCUGGCUCUACACACUGACCUGCUGGAAGAAGAGGCUAGACAAGAAGAGGAGUACAAACGUCUGAGUGAGGCUCUGGCUGAUGAAGGCUCCUACAAUGCAGUAGGCUUCAAAUACACUGCUGACUAUUAUGACCCCUCUCAGCCAACUGAGGAGGAAGAUGCUAACAGGGAAUCUGAAGAGGCAGAGCCUGAGGAGAGUGAGGAACCAUUCGUCGCUCCCGCAGGGCUGGUUAUCCCACCUGAUGUAGAGCUGCCAGCAACCAUCAAGACCCAUAACAUCAUUGAGAGGACAGCCAAAUUUGUGAGUCAACAAGGGGCUCAGUUUGAGAUAGUGCUGAAAGCUAAGCAGUCCGGUAACUCUCAGUUUGACUUCCUUCGCUUUGACCAUUACCUGAACCCUUACUACAAGCACAUCCUUCGGGCCAUGAAGGAAGGCCGAUACAGCCUUGUCUCUACAAAUAAGGAAGAGCCCGCGCAAGAGUCGCAAUCUGAUUCAGAUGAGGAUGGGGAUGGUAACUACCUCCAUCCCAGCCUCUUUGCCCCAAAAAAGAGCUCUCGCCUGGAGGAGCUGAUGAAGCCACUUAAAGUAAUGGACCCAGACCAUCCUCUGGCAGUACUUGUACAAAAAGCCCAACAGGAAAGAAAUGGCACUGCAGGAAUGACGCCCAAACCAGAGGAAGUGACAGCCCCAUCUGUACCCAGCACACCAAUACAAUACAGUGCUGAACCAAUAUACUAUGGGUACUAUAUGCUUCCUGAUGGAACGUACUGCAUGGCCCCACCACCCCCAGGGAUAGAUGCCAGCUCCUAUUAUAACAGUUUGCCCUCAGCUGUUAUUGCUCCUCCUCCUACAUCUUCUGGGACUUUGCCUCAUUUGGGGACCACACCUGCCCCUGCUGGAACUAUUGCCAUGGCACCACCAGAUACAGCCCCCUCUCAAGUCACCAGUUCUGCUGUUCCAGAGAGUGUACCGGCAACCAGUUCAAAAGUGGAGGCUCAGGUUUCUGCACCAGCAGCACCAGCCAUCGUUCCCCCAGCGCCAGACAUCCAGCCAGUCAUAGACAAGUUGGCAGAAUACGUUGCUAGGAACGGUGUAAAGUUUGAGGCCAGUGUUCGUGCCAAGAAUGAUCCACGGUUUGACUUUCUGCAGUCUUGGCAUCAGUACAAUGCCUAUUAUGAGUUUAAGAAGAAUUACUACAUGCAGAAGGAAGAAAAAGCAUUUCCAGAGAGUGGGACGAUAGAUGAUGACAAGCUUCAGUCUGACAAGUCUGACAAGGACUCCAAGCUGACUAAAGCCUCAUUUGCCCCCAUCUGUUUUGCCAUCAAGGCAAAGGAAAAUGACAUGUUGCCACUGGAAAAGAACAGAGUUCGAUUGGACGAUGACUCGGACGAGGACAAGCUAUUGGAGGGGGACGGGCUGGAAGCUGCACUGGGUGGAGCUGAGAUAGUUAACAAGGAACCCCCUCCGGCCAUUGCACCAGAAGAGAAGAGACCAGUCCUCAGUUUGGAGGAGUUGGAAGCAAAACAAGGCUUGUGCAUGCUUCAGGCUCAUGGUGUGAGCGGUACCGGAGUGAAAUUGCAGCGGGACAUGGGCCGACGCUCCCUCCUUUUUAAAAAAGCCGCUCGGUGCUCUGUCCACAAUCCCCCUCCUCCUGCUCCCCCGCUCGCCCACGCUCCGUUCCGCUCACAUGCUCUGAUUGUGUCACUGUCUGGGAAACUAGAGGAUCGUCUAGCAGCUGCAGCCAGGGAGAAGUUGGCCCAGGCUUCUAAGGAGUCCAAGGAGAAACAGCUACAGGCAGAGAGGAAGCGAAAGGCAGCGCUCUUCCUACAGACCCUCCGCAGCCCCUUCACUGGAGAGCCUGAAGCCAAGAGAGCGGAGCUGGACUCAUCUGCACAACUUGAGAUGCAAGAAGCUCUCUCUGUUCUGUCUGACCUUCCACCUUCUCAAGCGUUCUCUGCACCAUCUGCAUAUUUGCAUGAUCAAAGGCCCACCAUGGAGAACCAAGGAGCUUAUCGCAGCAAGGAGGCUCCAUCCUCCUCAUCCUAUUACCCUAACUCCAGAGGAUCAGAUAGAGACAAAGACAGGGACAGAGAGAGAGGCAGAGAUCGAGACAGAGACAGGAUCAAAGGGAGGGACAAAGACAAAAAGAAGAAAAAACACAAGAGGAGGUCAAAAUCGAGGUCACGGUCAAGGUCCAAGAGCAGACAUUCCCUUCCCAGUGCCUACAGGAGAGCCCGCAGGUCCCGAUCCCGUUCGCGCUCCUCAGGGAGAAGAAACAGGAGGGGAACCUCAUCAGACAGGAAACGUGAGGAGAGAGAUCGGGAGCGCCAUCAUCCCAGCAGCAGCUCCAGCAUGAGAUCCAGGGAUGGUUCUCAGGAGAAAGACAAGGCAGUGUCCUCAUCCAUAAUAUCUUCUGUUCAGUCCAAAAUAACUCAGGAUCUGAUGGCCAAAGUGCGAGCCAUGCUUGCCACCUCCAAGACCUUCCAAGCUCCCAACUCCUAAAGAAGGCAUGUCCUUGUUCUAGCUACAAAAACCUGUCAGCAAGCAGCAUUCUCCAAUUUCCUGGAGAUUCAUCUGGCCUGGAUCUGAUUCAGCGCCCUGUGUUUAUUCUUGAUUUAUUUUUUCAUCUUAAUCUGAGCAACAGAUUCAGUUUGGCUACAUUGUCUUCUGCAGCAUUGUAAGAGUGUAAAGGCACUCAUUAGGCUCAAAUGUUUGAUUUCACACCUGACCCGAGAAAAUGGCUCAUCAGCUGGAGAUAACGUUGAAAGUUUUGGUGCGUCAAAAUUAUAAAUACUCUAAAUGUUCUUUUGUAUCCAGUUUUAAGACACGCUAGUCGUCUCCCACAUGUUGACUGUUAUUCUUUGCAGCAUCACCUAAAGCUGCUGGAGGUCUGUAUUCUCUCCUUCUGUGAAGGGUUGUUAUGAUAACUGCAUUUCUCUCAUCCCUCAUCUGCUAUCCUCUGCUGUUGCGUUCCUUCUGAUUUCUUCCCCCAGCAGUCUUUUCUCUCUAACACCUCAACCAGUAAUUUCAGAAGCUGUUUUAAUUUUAUUUUUUUUUAACCUCAUCCCUCAGCUCUACUGAGUGGCUUUGUAAUUCUGCUUCUGUUUUGUACUGCAAUGGGUUAAUCUGAUGCAGAACUAAUUUCUAAUCCAAAUUGUCAAUAAAGUUUCAGUUAUAAUUUACUUAAA